AUGCGUGAUCGUUGAGGAAAGGGCAGAGAGGUAAAAGCGUUUUCUAUGUUUUUAGCAGGUGUAGGGUAGAGUAGAUGUUGCGAUUAUUUGUAUAAAUAAUUUCUAUACUUAUAUUAACAGAUAAAAUAGUUAACUUAGUUUUCCUCCUAUAUAAGGAUAUUCUGCAAAUUUAUCCCAGAAUUAACGGAAACUCGGGAAAAAAAAACAGGCAAGAAAAAUAAUUGUCCAUUAAAACGCUUGGAGUCUAGCUCGACUGGAAAGAAACUUGGAUACAACGAUGCAUCUCAUGAUUAAUUUCAGUUCAUAAGCUCAGAAGUAUGAAGUAUCUACCUCCUUCCCCCAGUUUUUUCCAUUAACGUUCAUCUGAAGAAAACAUGAAAAAGUUAAAACUUAAAGAACUUGAGAGUUGUUUGCAACAAGUUGAUGUCUUUGAGAAUCCAAAACUCCUGCUUGAACAAUAUCCGACACAGCCACAUAUUGCAGCAUGUAUGCUUUAUACAAUUCAUAAUACAUUUGAUGAUAUUGAAAACAAGAUUGUGGCAGACCUUGGAUGUGGUUGUGGCAUACUGAGCAUUGGAAGUGCCAUGUUGGGAGCAGGGUUAUGUAUAGGAUUUGAUAUAGAUGCCAAUGCGCUGGAGGUAUUUAACAGGAAUACUGAAGAAUUUGACCUCACAAAUGUUGACAUGGUUCAGUGCAACGUAUGUUCUUUGCUUGACAAAAUGUCCAAAACAUUUGAUACAGUUAUUAUGAAUCCUCCUUUUGGAACUAAGCACAAUAAAGGCAUGGAUAUGGCUUUUCUCAAGACAGCUGUGCAAAUGGCAAGAAUAGCUGUGUAUUCCUUGCAUAAAACAUCAACUCGACAACAUAUUCAGAAAAAAGCAGAUGAAUGGAAUAUAGGGAUGGAAGUUUUAGCAGAACUGAAAUAUGAUCUACCAGCAUCAUAUAAAUUCCACAAGAAAAAAUCGGUAGACAUCAAAGUAGAUUUUAUCAGAUUCUCUUGUGGAAAAAAAAAGAUGGAUGGAGGAAUGACUUAAAACUGUAUUAAAAUAAUAAAAAUGGCAUUAAAUGGUUUUUGCAGUUUUA